ACCACACUCCGCACUCUCCCCCUCCCCUCCCGCCUCCCCACUCCGUCCACCCCGCCGCACCGACACUCUCCUCCGCCAUGGAUCGCGACCCCUCCGUCUCCGACGAGGACGACGACCUCGAGACCCUCGUCCCGCAGAACCACGUCAAGCCGCCCUCCUCCUCCUUCCACGUCGCCGGCCUCCGCGCCGCGGUCCCUCCCUCCGCCGCCUCGCUCGGCCGCGUCCUCUGGUCCCGCCGCUACCUCCUCCUCUUCGUCGCCCUCCCCGUCCUCUUCCUCGUGCUCUUCGUAUCCCUUGGCGGCGCGUCCUCCCUUCGCCUGCCCGCCUCCAUCCGCCUCCCCUCCGCCGCCGCUCCCGCCGCCGACCCCGCGGCGUCCCGGAUGCGCGACGCCGAGCUCCGCGCGCUCUACCUCCUCCGCUCGCAGCGCUCGGGCCUCCUCGCCCUCUUCAACCGUACGGCAGCACCCACCAACGGCAGCAGCUCGGGCUCGAACGCUGUCUCGUACGCCGAUCUCCACGACGCGCUCCUCGGCCAGAUCAAGAUCAACCGCGAGAUCCAGGCGGCGCUCCUCUCCGCGCACCGCACUGGCGCUGCGGGCAAUGCGACGGAGGAUGGGUUGGAUCUUGAUCUGCCGGCUGACGGGUGCAGGAGGAGGGAAUUGCCGUCCAACCGGCGGACCAUAGAGUGGAACCCCAAGAAAGAUCGAUUCCUGUUCGCCAUCUGCGUCUCCGGGCAAAUGUCCAACCACUUGAUUUGCUUGGAGAAGCACAUGUUCUUCGCGGCGCUGCUUGGCCGGAUCUUGGUGGUGCCUAGCCAGAAGCUGGAUUAUCAGUACGACCGGGUGCUUGAUAUCAACCACAUUAAUGAUUGCAUUGGAAGGAAGGUUGUAAUUACCUAUGAGGAAUUCACAGAGAAGAGGAAGAAAGUGAGCAUUGAUCAGUUCAUAUGUUACGCGGCAUCACCCCCUUGUUUCAUUGAUGAGGAUCAUGUUAAGAAGUUGAAGGGAUUGGGGAUUUCACUGGGAAAGAUCCAGGCAGCUUGGCCAGAGGAUGCGAAGCUGAAGGAGCCAAAGAAGAGAUUUGUGGAGGAUAUCAUGCCAAAGUUUACCACGGAUGCUGAGGUGCUCGCGAUCGGUGACAUGUUCUAUGCUGAUGUUGAGGAAGAGUGGGUGAUGCAGCCUGGUGGCCCAUUGGCUCACAAGUGCAAUACUUUGAUCCAGCCAAGUAGGCUUAUUAUGCUCACUGCGCAACGCUUUGUUCAGACCUUCUUGGGGGGCAACUACAUUGCUUUGCAUUUUCGGCGACAUGGCUUCCUGAAGUUCUGUAAUGUGAAGAAAGAGAGCUGCUUCUUCCCUAUCCCUCAGGCAGCAGAAUGCAUUCUUCGAAUCGUUGAGAAAGCUAACGCCCCAGUCAUAUAUCUGUCUACUGAUGCUGCCGAGAGUGAGACAAGUCUCCUGCAAUCCUUGGUUGUGUUCAAUGACAGGCAAGUCCCUCUUGUGAAAAGGCCAGAGCACCACAACUCUGAGAAAUGGGAUGCCUUGUUAUACAGAAAUCACAUGGGUGGAGACAAUCAGGUUGAGGCCAUGCUCGACAAGACGAUCUGUGCGCUGUCGAACGUUUUCAUAGGUGCAUCAGGCUCAACCUUCACAGAGGACAUCCUGCGUCUACGGAGAGGCUGGGGUUCUGCGUCCCACUGCGACGAAUACCUCUGCCAGGGUGAGCUACCCAACUUCAUAGCGGAGCUAGACUGAGAAAAUGACAUCCUAGAAGAAGAAUUGACAGCUACAUCCCCCUUUUUUUCCCCACUACGAUCUGGUGGCAUGAUACACAUUCUGUAAAUUGGCGUGUACAUCCUAGUGUAAAAGAGCGAUGAUAUUUGUUGUACCGGUACCCCCAUUGAUUUGUUCGGUGUUGUUACACGGUUAGGCAAUAGAAAGAGUUUGGUUUUUGCGCUUGCUCAGUGUUCAUACUCUGUUAUACUGUGAGACAGCUUCAUAGAUUCAUAGCUCGCAACUUUGUUGGCCUAGCAACGUGCCUGACAGACACUAUGGUGGUGUUAGGGCGAUGCGAAAGGGACCUGUUUUUUUAUAUGUUUUAUUAAGAACAUGUUUAGCACAGCUUUA